AUGCUCGACUACCACACCUAUGCCACCACCUCCUCCACCUCCUCCUUCCUUGCUCCCAUCCCAACCAUCCGUCGCAACCGCCGGCGCCCCGCGUAUGGCAACACGAUGCGGCGAGUCGUUGGCAAUGGCAUCAAGGGUGACCGCUUCCGCGAUGCGCUGGGUGAGUUCAUCGAGCUAGCCCUAUCAAGGGCUGGGGAUAGCGACAACUCUGCCAUGCACCCAUUUGCCCCGGUUGACCCGGACAUGCUGGUGAUGGGUCUCAAUUCGGAUCUCUUCCGCCCGCUGCAGGACGAUGGGGUGUCGCCAUGCGAUGAGCAGCUGGUGGAUGAAAAACGACUGAAUGAUAUGAUGGCGAGCCUUGAUGAUGACAUGUUCGGCAUGGGGACCGAGAUGAAUGUACAGCCGUACGAUGGGCAAUUUGUUGGACUCAGUGCGGAGGAGGAUGAUCUCUUCAACGGACGGUAUGAUAUGAUGGAGUUCCUUCAUGCUGACAUGUUCGGCGCGGGGGCUGCGAUCAAUGUCCGGCCGUACAAUGGGCAAUUGGUGGAUGUCAAGGCCGAGAUCAAGCUUGAGCCGUACGAUGGGCAAUUGGACUCCGACAGCCUCGAGUCACUGGCUGAGGAUGCUGAACUAAUGAAUGAUAUGGAUGUCAAGGCCGAGAUCAAGCCGCAGCCGUACGAUGGGCAAUUGGUGGAUGUCAAGGCCGAGAUCAAGCUUCAGCCGUACGAUGGGCAAUUGGUGGAUGUCAAGGCCGAGAUCAAGCUUCAGCCGUACGAUGGGCAAUUGGUGGAUGUCAAGGCCGAGAUCAAGCCGCAGCCGUACGAUGGGCAAUUGGACUCCGACAUCCUCGAGUCACUGGCUAAGGGAAGGCGACACCACAGGCCAGGGCAAGAGGCGAUGGGGAAUGCACUGUUGAAGUAA